GGCCCGGAGUGGCGUCCUCGGCUUCCGGUUUGCUCGAUCUCUCCCCCCCCCUCCCCCUCCCGCGAGGUGAGAGCGGCGUCCGGUAUCCGUGGGGACGAGGCGGUUGGCGGGCGUCGCGCGGUUCCCAGGUGAGAGACAAACCAGAGGAGCCUCGGCACAUGCAAGCUGAGAAAGACACCAUGGGUGAAGCUCUGCAGAAGAAGCUACAGACGGAGCUAGAGAAAUAUCAGCAGCUCCAGAAAGAUAUGAGCAAAUGCAUGACAGCCCGUCAGAAGCUGGAGGCUCAGUUGACGGAGAACCAUGUGGUGAAGGAGGAAUUGGACCUGCUGGACUCCUCUAAUGCCGUCUACAAGCUCAUUGGUCCGGUGUUGGUGAAGCAGGACACAGAGGAAGCCAAAGCAACUGUGGGAAAGAGGCUGGAGUACAUCACAGGGGAGAUCAAACGCUACGAGGCUCAGAUUCAGGAUUUCGAGCGGAAGUCGGAGCAGCAUCGGGAGGCCCUGGGCCGGUUGCAGCAGGAAUUCCAGCGGACCCAGGGCAAGGUGUCCGUCAAGACCUGAAAGGGGAGCAUGGAGGGAGGGGUGGGCCGGCCGGCCCCCAGGCCUGUCAUUUGGGCCAUUUGGAUCCCUUCAAAUAAAAUUCUGUUGGACCUUUU